UUGAAUUUUCAAUGCAUGUAUCAAUUUGUUUAUUUCUCGUGAACUCAAUUUGAUGUGAAGGUGUGUUUGUGUUUUCAUAAAGGUACCAGUUCCACAGGUAUGGGAAAUACCGAAUCAGGAUAUGAUGAUACUUCUCACUCUGACUUUUGGCAGCAACCUUCUUAUGAACCUUCAUCUGUAGCAGGAACUCCAGCAGAUCAAAACCAUCAACCUAGACAGCAAGCCUCGUUUAUACCUUCUUAUGCACCUGCAUCUCUAGCAGGAACUUCAGUCGAUCGGAACCAUCACCCCAGACAGCAAGCCCCAUCUAUACCUGACAAUUUCAGCUCGGUGGAUCAGGUUAUUUCAGCAUUGAGAGAGGCAGGACUUGAAUCAUCCAAUUUAAUACUUGGUAUUGACUUCACAAAGAGCAACGAGUGGUCAGGGAGAUAUUCAUUCGUAUCUUAUUAUGCUUCUUUUUUUGUAGCGUCAACGCAUGAUAAAUACGUGUUCAGCUUCUAUCCUGAUCACCGACCUUGUCAGGCUUUUGAGGAAGCUCUUGCACGGUAUAAAGAGAUUGUUCCACACAUAAAGUUGUCAGGUCCAACUUCAUUUGCUCCAAUUAUUAAUGCUGCAAUUGGCAUCGUGGAUAGCAGUAAUGGACAGUACCAUGUUCUUGUCAUAAUCGCAGAUGGACAGGUUACAAGGAAUCCCGACGUACCGCAUGGAAGGCUUAGUCCACAAGAACAAGCAACUGUUGAUUCCAUUGUUGCUGCUAGUCAUUAUCCUCUCUCGAUUAUUUUGGUUGGAGUGGGGGAUGGACCAUGGGAUUCAAUGCAACAAUUUGAUGAUAAUAUUCCACAUCGUGCCUUUGACAACUUCCAGUUUGUCAACUUCACAAAAAUCAUGACUGAGAACACACAAACAUCAAAGAAAGAAACAGCCUUUGCUCUCGCUGCCCUCAUGGAAAUUCCGUAUCAGUACAGAGCUACCCUGAAUAUUCGUUUUGAUAAUAGAGAACUAGAAUGUGGACACGAAAGACCACUUCCGCCCCCACGAGAAGUGAUCGAUCAUGACAAUGCGGUUAGAUCAAUCCCACACAUGACAAACUAUGAAAAAGUGCAGCCAACAGUCCCUGCACAACCCGUAAUAAGUUCUGCUGCAGAACCGGUCUGCCCUAUCUGCCUGACAAACCCAAAGGACAUGGCUUUUGGAUGUGGUCACACGACUUGCAAGGAUUGUGGGGUGACAAUCUCAUCAUGCCCGAUGUGCCGGCAACCAAUAACGACUCGCCUGAGACUGUAUACCUAAUAGAGAGAGCGAAUUUCCCGAUGAUGCAUUUUCAGGACAGGGCUCUCCUACAAAAUCUCAUAGUCAACAAAUUAUUUGCAUUCUUUUUUCCCC